CGCAGUCGGUCCGUAAAGAUAUGCACCCAUCACCAAAUCAAUUGAGUAACUCGAAAAGCCUCAUUCGCUUGCCAAGGCGGGGCGUGCAAAACAAAUGCUAGUGCUGCACCCCAACAUGGUGGCCUCCACAGUGACGAGCCCACUCCAAGCCGAUGUUGGUUUGCCUUUCGGCAGCGACGGGGGCCAGUAAAUGAUGCUUUCGUUUAUAAAGGGCCCCCUAGUCUCGCUCCUCUUCCGAUCUGCUUGUCUGUCCGUUUAGCAUCCCCAUCAAUUGACUUUGUAUCACGACGAGCUGCUCUCCAACAGCAUCUCCUCCAUCAACCAUGGGUCUUCUUGAAAAGGUCCCAACAAAGCCCAGCGCCGAUGCUGGCAAAACAUGGCCAGCUAUUGCCAUGGGUUUCUUUGUUGCCUUUGGUGGCAUCCUCUUUGGCUAUGAUACGGGAACCAUCGGAGGUAUUCUUGGCAUGCCCUACUUCAAAGAACACUAUGGCACAUUCGACGAAGCAAACAACACGUAUGAAAUCUCGACCUCGACAAAAUCCGCCAUUGUUUCCAUCCUAUCUGCUGGAACUUUCUUUGGAUCCCUGUUUUCGCCUGUUCUGGCUGACCGUCUUGGUCGCCGUCCUGCGCUUAUGAUUUCUACCUGGGUUUUCAACCUAGGUGUCAUUCUUCAGACGGCUUCGACCUCAAACCCUCUUUUCUUGGCCGGUCGUUUCUUUGCUGGCUUCGGUGUUGGUCUUGUAUCCGCUUUGAUCCCUCUGUACCAGUCCGAGACAGCUCCAAAAUGGAUCCGUGGCGCUAUUGUAGGCGCCUAUCAGUUCGCAAUCACCAUUGGACUUCUCCUUGCCGCGGUUGUCGAUAACGCUACUCAAGAACGUACCGAUACCUCUAGCUACCGUAUCCCUAUUGCUGUGCAGUUCGCUUGGUCUUUGAUCCUCUUCUUCGGCAUGAUGAUCCUUCCCGAAACACCCCGAUACCUGAUUCGCGCCAAGCGCAUGGACAAGGCUGCCAAGGCUCUUGCUUAUAUGCGCCGUCUUCCUGAAGAUCACCCUGUAAUCCAUGAAGAGCUACACGAGAUCAAGGCCAGCUACGACCAUGAGAUGAGAGAAUCGCAGCACACAACCAUUCUUGAUUGCUUCAAGCCACCUAUCCUGAAGCGCCAGCUCACAGGAUGCGGUCUUCAAGCCCUCCAGCAACUCACUGGUAUCAACUUCAUCUUCUACUACGGUACAACUUACUUCACAAAUGCCCAGGUCGGAUCACCCUUCACCAUUACUAUGAUUACAUCCGCCGUUAACGUCGCAAGCACGAUUCCUGGCCUGUAUCUGGUAGAUAAAUGGGGUCGCCGCCCCAUUCUCCUCGCUGGCGCCAUUGGCAUGUGUAUCUCGCAACUCAUUGUCGCCAUCACUGGUACAGUAUCCACUGGUCAAUACACUGCGGGUGACAUACUACCCGAGGGAGCCUUUAUUGGUAAGGUCUUCGUCAAGGAUUUGGCCACCCAAAAGGUCGCUAUUGCAUUUGUGUGCAUCUACAUCUUCUUCUUCGCUUCGACUUGGGGCCCUCUGGCUUGGGUUGUCACCGGCGAGAUCUUUCCCCUCCGCACCCGUGCCAUGUCUCUCAGUCUUACAACCGCAACCAACUGGCUACUGAACUGGGCUAUCGCCUUUGCGACUCCCUACCUUACUGACUAUGGAGCGGGAUCUGCCAACUUACAAUCCAAGAUCUUCUUUGUCUGGUUUGGCGCCUGCUUCCUCUGUAUUGCAUUUGUAUACUUCAUGAUCUAUGAGACCAAGGAUCUCACGCUCGAGGAGGUUGAUCUGUUGUACGAGGAUGUCAAAUUUGCUCCGAAGUCCACUUCGUGGACUCCUCCUAAGGAGUCUUGGCAGCAGCGCAAGAGCAUUGCCGAGCAGCACAGCAGCAAGGCCAACGAGACGAACCAAGAAGGUCCUGCUGAUCACGUCGAGGGUGGCUCUCCUACUGUUGGAGGCACAGACACCAUCUCGCCCACUACUAUGGCCUAAACGCCAAGAAUUUCUCACUUCGUAUUUGUACUUAUUUAGGAUUUGAUAUAUGCUUCUAUGCAGAUAUCUGAUCAAAUGAAAUAUGAUUUUUUUCUUGUAUCAAUUGUUUGUACAUUACGAUGCCCUUAACCACUACAUUGGGGAAUAAAGUUACUAGGCAUGGAUGAGAGGCGUCUUACAAAUGUGACGCGGUCUAUGUCAUUGUCACGAUUGUCUGUUCAGCCAGUAGCAGUCUGUUAAACUGACUUACCUCGCCAACUCUAUUGUUGACAAAAUCUAAUGACUUCAGCCAACUCGCUUGCUCGCACGCGUUCACUCGCAUCUGCUACGCAUCACACAAACACACACACAGAGCUCACUCACUCACUUCACCAUCAACACAUCAAUCGCGCACAGCUCAGCUCGAUCAAACCAUCCUUGUCCACACUAAUCUCGUCCUAUAGAACAGAAAGGAAACAACAUCGCAUCCCCAGUUUCUUGUCCAUCGACAGGAAUAUUAAUUUUCUUUCUUUUCUUCUAGCACCACUUCUUUUCUCUCUAAUCCAGGAUUGCGCAUAUUUGGUCUCUCUGGUCGUCGCUGGGCAAUAAGACCACCAAGUUGUGGUCAGCCGUCAGAAAACAACACAGAGUGGCAAACUCAGCAUCCGUUUCACCGAUACAUGUAUCUGCAUCAUCCUCUACUCAUUCCCAUUCCUUGUCAUGCGAUAUGUUGUAUCGUGCUUCAUCCCCAGAGAAAUAUCUGCCUUUCGAACAGUGGGUAAUCCGAGAAUAAAACCGUGUUCAAUUGUCGUCGCCAUCAUUGGCCGACCCGCUCACAACUUCGUCUGCUUGGUAUCAUGUUGAAAAGGAAAGAAAACAGUGUCAUAUGAUAAUCUACGCCGCUAUUGCGCGCGACGCAGGCAUCAGUGCAGGUCAGCAGCGCACCUCGCGAGAGCCAGUCUCAAGGUCAAGCGCUGCAACCCCAUUGCAAAAACUUCCUACUGAGAGUAGGUAGGGAAAAAAAGAAACAGAAGUAGAACCCAAGGAACAUAAAACAUAAAAAAAAGCAAAAGAACCCAAAAACGGCAGUUGGCCGAUAGAUAAAAAGUAACCAGAAGAUAACAUAUUCUUCGGUAACGAAAUAAGACGAGAUUUCGCAGUAGCUCUAGAUAUAAGAAUGGCGUUUUUAGAAUGCCACACUGUUAUCCAGAGAAAGCCGCUUGACCCCUACAUCCAUCAUUCCAUAGAAAGAGAAAGGGUUGGACAGAUGGAAUUGCCUGUCACCGCUUAGGCGACGGGGGCAAUGGGGGCUACAGGCGCGGCGGGGGCAGCGUUGGCCAUAUCAACAUCGCUGGGAACCACAGGAGCCUCGCCGGCGGCAGCCUUCUGGGGGCAGUCGCGCGAGAUGUGGCCGGCCUCACCGCAGCCGUAGCAGGUCUUGCCGGCAGUGUUGAGAGGACCACCGUUAGGCGCAGUGCAGUCGCGAGAGAUGUGACCGAGCUUGCCGCAGGCGUAGCACUUCAUAGCCUGAGCCUGGCAAUCACGGGCGAAGUGGUUGGGACCACCGCACUUGUAGCAGGUAGCAGGACGAGGGCCGCCGGCAAAGGCGCCGCGACCACCGAAGCCACCAGCGUAACCGCCACGGCCCAUAGGGGCACCACGGCCCAUAGCAGGGUUGGGACCAACGGGGUUUGUGCAAGCGCGAGCAAGGUGACCGGGCUGUCCGCAGUUGUAGCAGCGACCUGAGGUGGCGUUACCAGACAGGCGGAGGGUAGGGCAGUCAGCCUGGACGUGACCAAGGCCCUGGCAGUGAUAGCACUGCUUGGCCUCAGU